UGGUUGAACUUUUACUGUGAUUUUUCGUCUGCUGGGAAAGUGCGUAUUUUAUACUGUGUUGGGAAAUUUGAUAUCACUAAUUUAUGAACACAUAUAGCUUCAAUCCUUCCACGAACACAAAGCAAGUACAACAAAAAACAAACGCUAUGAUGUCAAAUAAAGUAUUCUGUUGUUCCUUGGUGUUUGUCGCCGUUUGCUUGGCGUUUUGCCUUACGUCAACGGAAGCAGCGCCAUUUCCCAGGUAUCAGAACAGCGGCUACUACAAUGAGCUGGAAGAGGUGCCCGAUGACAUAUUAAUGGAGCUGAUGGCCCGUUUUGGACAAACUAUAAUGAGGGCACGCAACGAUCUGGAAAACUCUAAGCGGACUGUAGACUUUGGCUUGGCACGCGGCUACUCCGGCACACAGGAGGCGAAACAUCGCAUGGGUCUGGCUGCUGCCAACUUCCCCGGCGGCCCAGGCAGGAGGCGACGAUCGGAAACAGAGGCUUAAGGCGUUCACAUCGACAUGUACUGAAAUGAAUACCAAAAACAACAUUCCUGAUUUGAAAAUUUCUGAAUUUAUGCCGGAUUUAUUAGAGAACUCUAUAAGAAUUUGUUGACUACUAUUAAAUACAUACAUACAUACGAAAUAUACUACAAACACCCAUACCUAUGGAUAACCUAAAUGACAACAACAAAUUUUGCGUAAAAAAAAUGUUAACUCCUAAAGUAUAUUGACUAUUUUUCAUUAGCCUAAAUGUAUUUAGUACAAAACAAAUGUAUUUAUUUACAAAUCCACACAAACACACAAAUUCAAUGUAACAAAUUAACAUUUACAUAAACUAUUUAAAUAACAAAGUUGACGAAGGAAAUGUGAAAAUUAUUGAAAUCCAAAUUAUUGUAUUUAUUGCUAAUAUAUGAAUAAAUAAAUAGAGAAAUAUUAAAUAAAGUGUAUAAUUGAAAACUAUGCGUGUUGAACACAAUAUUUAAAUGAAAAAUAUAAUAUAUACAUAUACAUAUAUACAUAUUUAUAUUCUCAACUGUUGCUCCAAAAGUUUUUAAACAAAACGCGUACUUAACGAAUUCCGAUGUUGGCAUUUUUUUCCUCUAGCUCUUAAGAAAGUGAGCACAAAAUGCUUCAAAUGCAUAAAAAUCAUAUUGAAAUUAGAAACGAAGAAAAAGUAGCAAAAGGACACUUGUAAAAUAAAUACAAAAUAUUUAAUCAGUAUUUAAAACAAACAAUUUUAUGACAAACAAAAAUCUUUAAGUAGGUAUGUAGGUUAAGCAACAUCAGAACAGACAUACAUAAGUACAACAACAACAUCAACACCACCAAAACCACCGAAGCCACUAUGGAACAUUAAAACCUACACAAAAAAAAAAA